CGAGGAUCGAUAGGCGGCGCGCCAACACAGAAGUCUCGUGCAUAAGCAUAACUUCAUUUUUCAUAAGGCCGUAAGGUUGCAUGAUUUCUUUUUUCUUAUUUGGGCGAGUGAUGUAUUGGUGAUAUAACCAAAAACUUGAGAGCGCUAGAGACGUAGUCUGCUGACUUGAGAGAAUGUGCAAAGAGGCAGGCCUUCUGCAGAAGCUGAUUGGACUAUGCAGUCGCUAUGGAUACAUCCAUCCAUCUUGUGUCCUCGGGAGGUCAGGGGUCAAGGGUUGCUAUGACUACGGACCCCUAGGCACCUUGUUGAGGCGCAACAUUCAGAAUGAGUGGUGGACGAGUGUUGUUUCAUCUCAAGAAGAUAUGUUUGGCAUAGAAAGCUCACAGGUACAGCAGACGUCUAUAAGAAAUACUAACCAAUCGGAGAAUUCUUCAGAUGAUAUAAACGAUCAUCGUAGACUUUCCGUUAUCCCAAGUAGUGAUAAGAUGCAAACACAGGAAGAGAAUUUGAACUGGACACUUCGUGAUUCCCUCAAUCAAGGUACCAUUUCCCAGUACUACAACACACUUCAGCUAGUCAGUCGCAGACUGCCGUUUGGCCUGGCCCAGAUUGGUCAAUGCUUCAGAAGGACUGGCCAAUCAGAGAGCUUGACAGAUGACGAUCACGACAGAUAUAUCUUUGACUUGCCUGAGUUUACUCAGAUGACAGCCCAGUUCUACUGCUCCCCUAAGACUGCGGAUCGUUGGAUGAUUGACUGGCAACGAGACAGGAUUCAGUGGUGGAGAAAGAGGAACUAUUCCAAAGGCUCCAAACUACCACAAAGCAAGGCAACCUGCGGGAACACAAGGUUCCCUAUCCAGGCUAGCCUCACGCUCAAGCCAGAGUUUGCCGAGUGCAACGCGGUCACCCCUCUGACAGAGCAGGAGGCUGUGGAUUUAGAGCAAGCCACGGUGGGUCAGGCAAGCUGCAUACACUGGUUUGAAACCAGGGAGAAGAGACUAACGAGCUCCUUAUUUGGCAAGAUUCUGAAGAGGAAGAAGGCAGUCAACCAAUCCUUUCUGAUGAGUUUGUUUGGUUUCAACUCUAAAGCAGAUAGCAGUCCAGCUGUCAUGUAUGGGAAGAACCAUGAAGAUGAAGCUAAGAUGGUGUUUGCAGAGAGAAAUCCACAUCUCCACCUCCACAAUUGCGGAUUUGUAGUCAACCCAGCGUUCAGUUUUCUUGGUGCCUCUCCGGACGGGAAGGUCUGCAAUGGAGGCCAGACUGGUAUCUUGGAAGUCAAGUGUCCUUACAGCGCCAGAGGCAUGAUGGUUCGUGAAGCUGUCGCAUCCAUCCCACAGUUUUACAUGGUGAAAUCUACGAGCGACAACAGCGCCCUCGCUCUGAAACGGGACCACGAUUAUUACUAUCAGGUCCAAGGUCAGCUGAUGGUAACCGGUGCGCCAUUCUGUGAUUUUGUUGUCUACACGGACAGAGACGUGUACGUGGAGCGAAUUCUUCCAGACGUAGAGCUCUGGAACGCCAUGCUGGACAAACUAGCUGCAUUCUACCUAAAGCAUGCAAUGCCAUUUUUAAAUGAGCAGGGAAUGUGAUUUUAUUUUUUUUCUCCAAACAAUGACAUAUUUGUACUAAAUAGAGGGCAUACUGUGCACAGAGUCUGUAAGUGUAUUGUAUGAAUCAACGCUUCAAAAUUGUAAGUGGGAAGUUUUAAACGUAAGGUGUUUAAUUUUAAUUAAAAUGAAAAUAACAGUCUUUUAAAUAUUAAUGGUAUUCAUCAAGUUGCUUUUCUCAGAGAAAAAAAUUAGAUUCCAAAAUAAUUUCUCAGGAUGUUAGAUAAAAUGUUUACCAAAGUUGUAUCAAGUAUUUCUUCAGGAUGUUGUUAGGAACCAUUUUUAUGUAUUCAAAACUUACGAGAAAAAAAAAAUGAACAGUACUUACUUCAUGUAAAUUUUUAUCAGUUGAGAGGCAAUCUGUAAACUGAUUGAUGAAUAUAUUUGGCACGAUACAAAAGAAUAAUGUUAAACACAAAAUUGAAUUCCAGCACUUUCAUUUCACCUUUUUGUAUACUUUUCUAUAACAAGUCCUUUGGUGAUUUAAUUCAAUAAAUUAAUUUUCUGACCAAGAGCA